UCCCCGGCCGAGGAGGGAUCACGUGACCCCCAAGAAGAGGAAAAGGAAGUGUCCCCGGCGCCGGCUCUGCUGUGUUUUCUGAUGCGGUCCGGAUGGAGGGGAGGCCGGCGCCUCAGGGAGAGGAAGCGGAGGGAGAGCCCCUCCUCGUGGCAGAGCUGAAACCAGGGCAGCCUCAACCAUAUGACUGGAAAUCCAGCUGUGAGACUUGGAGUGUGGCCUUCUCCCCGGAUGGUGCCUGGUUUGCUUGGUCUCAGGGCCACUGUAUUGUCAAGUUGCUUCCCUGGCCAUUGGAAGGGAUAGAGCCGAUCUGCAAAACUUUAGAGUGCAAGAGCCAGUACCCAAAAGCAGAGGCCAAGGGCCGAGGCGGCUCCAACGAGAAGACCUUGGAAUGUGGGAAGAUCGUCUGGGGCCUGGCCUUCAGCGCUUGGAUUCCUAGCCACCCAAGGAAACACAGCCUGCAGGGGCCAAGUGCUUCCUGUUUGGUCCUGGCCACAGGAUUGAAUGAUGGACAGAUUAAAAUCUGGGAGGUCCAGACAGGUUGUUUGCUGUUCAACCUCUUGGGGCAUCAAGAUGUGGUGAGGGACCUCAGCUUCGUCCCUGGUGAGAGCGGUUCAGUCCUGGUCUCUGCCUCCCGCGACAAAACCCUGCGCGUCUGGGACCUGAGCCAGAAUGGGAAGCAACUGAAGGUGCUGUCCGGACACGUCCAGUGGGUCUACUGUUGCCGCAUCUCUCCUGAUGGCCAGAUGCUGUGCUCUACUGCUGGAGAGAAGUCGGCUCUCCUCUGGAGCAUGCGCUCGUACAGCCUCCUCCGAAGACUAGAAGGCCACCAGGGCUGCGUUGUGUCCUGUGACUUCUCCCCAGACUCCGCACUUCUUGCAACGGCCUCCUAUGACACAUUUGUGAUACUCUGGGACCCCUGUACGGGGGAGCAGCUGAGAUCCCUCUGCCACUUUCCUUUACAGCCCAUUCACGACCACAACAGUGACUUCCAUUCCAACUCCCUGCGAUCUGUGUGUUUCUCCCCCGAAGGCCUCUAUCUUGCAACUGUGGCAGAUGACAGGCUCCUGAGGAUUUGGGCUUUAGAGCUUGGGAGCCCAGUUGCCUUUGCCUUGGUGAAGAAUGGCCUGUGUUGCACCUAUUAUCCACAUGGAGGGAUUAUUGCCACUGGGACACGAGAUGGCCAUACCCAGUUUUGGACAGCCCCCCAGGUCCUGUCCUCCCUUAAGCACCUGUGCCGCAAAGUGCUCCGGGGAUGCUACACAACUCACCAAGUCACGGCACUGCCCAUUCCAACGAAAAUGAAGGAGUUUCUCACCUACCGGACUUUGUGAGACUAACUGGGUUGAUGGAGACAUCCUGUUGGUGACUGGCUGAUUUGAGCAGGAUGGCAACUUGCCUUUUUGAGACUGGUGCAAUGACGUUGUGCUCUGCAGCACAGUAAGGGCCAAAGUCUCAUUUUCUUUUGUGGGAGAGUUGUGUGUAAGGAAACAUUAAUUUGCCCAGGGAUGUAGCUAUGCUUGUUGGGCACAGGAAACCUCAAAUCUCAUUUUCACCAGCCCUAAGCGGAUUGGUCUUCAGCAUAUUUCACUUGGAAUUGCCAUAGUUGUAAAUUUCUCCAGAACCUUUCUGCAUUUAACACACUCUUGUACAUGAGUGUGGAGGGAAGAAGCGGCUUCUGGUUUGAGCAAACUUUCAACGAAACUUUGUCCUUUCUAGCUGAACAUUAUGCACGUAGUUUUCACAGAAGAUGAAGGCCUCCCUUUGCUAGUGGACAAAGCUAUCCACUCUGAGCUUUUCAUUCCCCAAUCUUCCAGAAAAGUUGAUCUUAUCAGUGUCAACUUAUCAGAUUUCGACACGCUUGGAGGGCAUUGUGCCAUUUUGUGUGGCAUAGGAUCUUUGAGUUGGCUCUCAGGUUAGUCACAGCGUCACUUGCAGAUGCUCUGGUUGGCCAGCUAACCCUGCAGCACUUCUCUCAUUUGCUUUGAGGGUGAUGUAUUGCAGGAAGGAAAGGCAGACAAUGAAGAUCCCAAACAAAAUGCCCUUCUAGUAAGGAUUGGCCCAUGUAGAGGGCUAUACCCCAUUUUGAGCACCCUUCCCAUUACAAAAUUUGAGGGGAUCUUUUAUUUUUUUUUGCCCUCUAGUCUGCCAAUAGUCCCCUUCUCAAAUUCUUGUGGUCUCUGCUAGAUGAAUUUCAAUGUUGUCAGUGAUCGCCACUUUUCACUGGGACAGUGUCUCUGUCUUACUGAAAGUCUUGUGUCACAUCUUCUAGAAUGUAAGCCCUCUUUCUGCCCACUUAUCCCUGCCUUUGUUAUUUUACCCACUAUUUUACUUCACUAGCUUGCAAGGUCUUGCUAUCUUGGCAAAAGGGAUGAAAAUGUAGAUUACUUUGCAUUGUGCCCUGGCUCUAAGAGCAGCGGCUGAGCAAAAUGGCCACCCCUAGAGCAUCAGUCAGCUUUAAGGCACAGGGCUUUCCUGCUCGUCUCAGGAAGGUGUGAAGUGUUACUAUUUUGUGUGCGUUAUGCCUCCCAACAACCCAGGAAAGUCAACACUGAAAGCCUAUCCUACUUGAAUAUGCCUCAUACAUCAGGACCCCUAAACGGAAAGUAAUUCCCUGUUGAGGUUCCAAGAUAAACAUGUUUGUGGUACCACAUUGAUGUUGGGCCUCCAUUCCCGACUUUUAUGGACAUUGAUAUGGUGUAGAUCAGGCAUCCUCAAACUGUGCAGUCCCAGCUGUUUUGGUCUUCAACUCCCAGAAUUCCUGACAAUUGAACAAGCUUGUUAGAGCUUCUGGGAGUUGGGGGCCCAAACAGCUGGAGGGUUGCAGUGUGAGGAUGCCCUCAAGCUGUUCCCAAUUUAUGCCAAUCCUAUCAUCAGAUGCUCUUGGAAGGGGUUUUUGUUCUUGCCUUCCUCUGAGGCUGAGACAGUGUGAGCUUACCAAGGGCACUCAAAGGGUUUCUGUGGCCAAGUUCGGAUUCAAUGCCAAGUCUCCUGCACAUUUAGUCCAACACCACUCUGGCUGUCCAUGGGAUUGGGUGGAAAUGAUUGAUUACUAUUUUAUAAUACAGGCAUAAAACCACUGUGACCCAGUGCAGACCUCUUCACUUUGUACCAUGUCCUUGCUUUCAAUGAGCUGUGCAACUAGUCUUGAUGCUCUUGUGCCACUUUUGAAAUGACACUGCUGAAGAUGGAUCAGAAAGUGCUGGUUGAUUAUGUUGAAAACAAAUGAUUCACUGUUGAUUUUUUUUUUCAGGUUAUAGUAGCUAGAGGUGACAGCCCUGCUUUUUUGUUUGUUUUGUUUUAAUAUACGUCAAUAGUCUCUCUCUGUAAUAAAGAAGUACUUAGACUGGA